AUGGUUCGCCUGCCUCUGCAGUGUGUCCUUUGGGGCUGCUUGCUGACCGCCGUCUAUCCAGAACCACCCACUGCAUGCAAAGAAAAACAGUACCCAAUAAACGGCCAGUGCUGUAGUUUGUGCCAGCCAGGACAGAAACUGGUGAGUGACUGCACAGAACUCAUUGACACAGAAUGCCUUCGCUGCAGUAAAGGCGAAUUCCUCGACACCUGGAACACAGAGAGACACUGUCACCAGCACAAAUACUGUGACCCCAACCUAGGGCUCCGGGUCCAGAGGGAGGGCACCUCAGAAACAGACACCACGUGCACCUGUGAAGAAGGCCGACACUGUACCAGUGAUGCCUGCGAGAGCUGUGCCCUGCACAGCCUGUGCUCCCCCGGCUUUGGGGCCAAGCAGAUCGCUACAGGGGUUUCUGAUACCAUCUGCGAACCCUGCCCGGUUGGCUUCUUCUCCAAUGUGUCAUCUGCUUUCGAAAAGUGCCGCCCUUGGACAAGCUGUGAGACCAAAGACCUGAUGGAACUACAGGCAGGAACUAACAAGACUGAUGCUAUCUGUGAUUCCCGGCAUCGGAUGAGAGCCCUGGUGAUGAUCCCCGUUGUGACAGGGAUCCUGUUUGCUGUCCUCUUGGUAUCUGCCUAUAUCAGUGAGUCCCCAGGAAAGGUGGUCAAGAAGUCAAAGGAUAAGGCCCCCCACCCGGAGACUGAAUGUCAGGAUCCCGUGGAGGUGAUUUUUCUGGACGACUUUUCCGGCCCUAACUCUCCAGUGCAGGAGACCUUACAUGGGUGCCAGCCAGUCACCCAGGAGGAUGGCAAGGAGAGCCGCAUCUCAGUGCAGGAGAGACAGUGA